AUGGUUCUCGGCAUCCUCACCGCCGUCGCAGCGGCGCCCGCAAUCGUCGGCACAACGGAAGCCAUCCGUCAAGGGCAGAGGGAGAAUCGACGUGAAGAACAACGUGGCAGGAAGAAUAACCUCACCGUGACUUUGCUGAGACGGAGCCCAUACAGAGUGCAAUUCGAUGGAGCGUCAAUAGUGCUGAAAGACAACAAGCUGUGGAUCGAUGGCCGGCAGAACAAGAGCAGCAACGAAAGCUAUCAUCCAUUCACUGGCUAUUUCCUGCCGUGGCCGCAUGGCAACAAGGAGGAAGAAUGGAGACGACUGGGCUAUACGUCCGGGGAAGGAUUAGUGACCACGAUCAACGACGAGAAUUUCCUCAAUUGGGUCUACGUGGACAAAGACACCCACGAGGUGAAGUACGGCAUUCGGGUUGAAGCUGAAGAGCACAAAGUUGGCCCAUGGGAUUGUACGAAGAUCGAGCAUCGCUUGACAUUCGAAGGCUGGGAAGCUUUCAUGGCUGUGCAGGAGGAAUCGGGAAGUGAUAUGUGGGCAUUGUACUUCGAUUGCAACGACGACGGUUUGAGACGAGACGGGCAGCCUGGCAAGCUUGGCAAGAUGAUGCUAGAACUGGAGGUCUGGCGCAAAGAACUACGUCGCGAACGAUAUGAUGCUGUGCACGAACGAUUUGAAAGGCUGGAGCUGCGGGAGGAGCAUGGCCAGAAGGCAGAAGAGGUUUCUGCUUCAGCAAGGCAAGCCAACGACUUCGAUUCGAGGUUGCAGGUACAACGUGAGAUCUCGACUCAAGCCCAUGCUACUGACUUUGAGACCAAGAUGCAACAGCAAAGAGAUCUUGGCAAGAAUAUCUUUACAAAGUAG